AUGGUUGUCAAAGAAUACGUGACUUACAACGAUGUCCAUAAGCUCUGCCAGGAGGCAGCUCCUCGCAUCCUCGAGGACUUCAAGCCCCAGCUUAUGAUUGCGAUCGGCGGUGGUGGAUAUGUGCCCGCGCGGAUUCUGCGCUCGUUCCUCAAGCAGCCAGGCUCGCCCAAUAUCCCCAUUCAAGCCAUCGGCCUCUCUCUCUACGAGGCGCUUGCCCCCUCAUCCGCAUCUGGCUCGAACACACCUGGCGAGGUCGAGCAACUCGGUACCAAGGUCACUAGAACACAAUGGUUGGAUUUGAACAGCUUGGGCGACAUGGAGAACUUGGUAGGCAAGCGGAUCUUGAUCGUAGACGAAGUCGAUGAUACCAGGACGACACUCGAGUAUGCUGUCAAGGAGUUGGAGAAGGAUGUCGAGCUUGCCAGACAAAAGCUGGGAGGCAAAGGAGAGAAGACAGUCUUUUCUGUUUUUGUGUUACAUAACAAGAACAAGGAGAAGAAAGGCCAGCUGCCCGAUGACAUGCUCAAUGAUAACAGGUACUUGGCAGCUAGGACCGUCGGGGAUGUCUGGAUUUGCUAUCCAUGGGAGGCCGUCGACAUAGAAGUUCAUGACAAGUUGGCCAGUCAGCAAUUGGGGAGGUAG